GGGCCCCACGAUUAUGACAAAAAAGGGAACGCCAACGCCACGUUUGUAGUAUUUCCACCGAAACGCGACGUGUGGUGUUCGAACCUGUGCACUUCAACGUGGCCUCACCACUACGUGUCCCAAUGGCUCCUUCCUAUAAAGCCUCCCUUCCUCCCCUUUUCUUUCUCCUCACUUUUACCCCAAAUUUUGCUUCAAAUUCAACGUUCAAUCUCCUCCGUUCGUUUGUUUCUUGAUGGACGGUAACGGAAGAGGAGGCUGCUGCAUCGCCCGCUAUGUCGGCCCACCGUACGACAUGUCGAAGGUCGACAAAAUCAUGCUUAGAUUCCGACCCAUUGCGCCGAAGCCGGCGGUUUCUUCCGGAUCUGGGUCUGCCGGUUCCACGCCGGAGAAAUCUGAGGUUUCUGGGUCCACUGGUAGAGGGAAGAGGAAGUGCGGUGGAAAUAAGCGGUUUGGUAAUCGGAGAAAGAAGGGUGUGGCGAAGGACGGCGGCGUUUUGUGUUCGGCGGUGACGUUGCCGCUUUUGCCGGAGAUGCCUGAAGGGAGAAACGCGCCGGUUUGGUUGAGUUUUGAGGGGGUUAAGACUGGAGAGGAUCGGGCGGCGGCGGCGGCGGUGGUGGCGGUGCCGCAGGCGGUGAGGAUGGUAGCGUCUUUGGUGACGGUGGAGCGCGUGGCGGAGAUAGCGUGGGGGGAAGGGGUGGAGUUAGGGAGUACGGAUGAGGAGAGGAGGAGGAAUCUGGAGGAGGACACGUGUCCAGGGUUUAUAUCGGACGGUGAAGGGAAGGUGACGUGGACGAAUAAGGCGUAUAGGGAGAUGGUGGGGGGUACGGCGGAGGUGGAGGAGGAGGCGGUGAGGGUUCGGCUGGAGAUGAAAGAGGAGGAGACGGCGGAGGAGUGGUGGCCGGCUUUCACUUGCAGAGUGAAGGUUCAGUACCGGAGUAGAUGGGGGAAAGAUAGGAGGUCGUUGACGGCGCCGUGUGAUGCGUGGAGGAUGGACGGCGGUGGGUUUGCUUGGAGGCUGGACGUGAAGGCGGCGCUGAGUCUCAGCUUUGGGCGGUGAUGCGGCGGUGGAAGGUUGGGAUUUGGCAGAUUUUGAUUGGGAGAUUAGAGAGAAAAAAUGUGAAUAUUGAGGGUUUUAUUUUAGGAUGACGUCAUUUUCUUUUUCUUUUUUUUUGUGUAAAUAUUUUCAGGAUGACGUUUUUUCUGAUUUUCUAUUUAAUUUUUAA